GAGGCCGGUCCCUGGCGCGCGCUGUGCAGCUUGCGGGGUACCCUGGCCGGCGAGCGGUUGGGGGCCCGGCGCCCGAGCGGCCUCCAGGGCGGGGAGGCCCGCAGGGAUUUGGGAGCCCUGGAGUGCUGCGCGCCUGUGGUUUCUCGUGUCGGAGAGGUGUCUUUCUGAGCUCUCUGGAAUUCCGAGAGCAUUUGGGAAACUUCUCGCCCCCACUCCUUGCUCCCUACUUUCGGUUGGAAAAGCAGUUGCUGAGUUUUAUUUCCUCCCCCAAUCGGACUCUGUAAAAAUAGCCGUGCGCCGGGGCGACCGAGCCAAGCUCUGCCGCCCCGGUGUCCUGGGCCGGGUGUGGACCUAAAAAUACCCGCUGGUCUGGAGCCUGUGCUCCGGGUGCCGGCGGGUCCGGCCGGGCCGCAGAGGGCGUCUGGAGACCGGAGAAACGGCGGCCGCCUGGCCCCUCGCCUCGGCCGGGGCUGUCCCUUUAAAUCCUGGAGGAGGCAAAGAGAAAAAAGAAAGAAAAAAGACGCGGAGCCCCGAGCGGAGGGUGGCUCUGCCCGGCCCCCCACUCCGCUCCCGCGCCUCGGCCUGACUGCCGCCCGCCGCCUCCGCGGGUCCUGGGCAACCCCAGCAGCGCCGCCCCCAGCCACAGUUACUGUCAAAAUAGAAAUUAAUUGGAGCCGAGGAGGAGCCGGCGCAGCCCAGCCACGAGACUCUGACAGCCGAGCGGCCCGCGCAGCUCCGCACAGGGACUGACUGACCGCGGCGGCAGCGAAGGCGGACGCGAGGACAGCGGCCCGGAGCCAAGUGCAGGAGGCGCGCGGGUCCGGCGGCGCGCAGAGGUCUCCUCUGAAGCAGCUGGGAACUCAGAAGGCCUCACUACCCCCGAGGAGUAGGCCAGACAGGAGAGCAGUAAGGGAUGGCAAGAAGCCCACCAGGGCCUGAGGCGUGAGCACAGUCUGUAGCUCGUUGGACCUGGAGCCUCCAAGUCGGGAGACUGUACCACCGGGGAGACUCACGGAGAAUGGAUACUUCGGCCCCAAGUGACAUGUACGCGGUGUAAUGACAGGAAAUGAGCAGGUUUGCAGAAAAACUGCUGGCCUGAAAUUUAAGAAGAAGGCGUCGUUGCUUGAAUUGCACAUUCCCAAAGUGGAAUUCAGUGAAAUCGUGCCUGCGAGAAGAUUCCACAGCCUUUGCUAAAAGGCAGACGCCAGCUGCCCAAUGACACGCCCAACUCCAAGGGCCUUUGGGGUCCCGGGAAGAGCCCAGUGGUUCACCGAGAAGCCCCAGCUUUUGAGCGGGGCUCUGAAUUCCAGGGCUCUGGCUGAGAACAUGGCCAAUGGCAUUGACGAGCUGAUCGGCAUCCCCUUCCCCAACCACAGCAGCGAGGUCCUGUGCGGCCUGAACGAGCAACGGCACGACGGGCUGCUCUGCGACGUGCUCCUGGUGGUGCAGGAGCAGGAGUACCGCACCCACCGCUCCGUCCUGGCCGCCUGCAGCAAGUACUUCAAGAAGCUCUUCACAGCCGGCACCUUAGCCAGCCAGCCCUACGUCUACGAGAUCGACUUUGUCCAGCCCGAGGCGCUGGCCGCCAUCCUGGAGUUCGCCUACACCUCCACGCUCACCAUCACGGCCUCCAACGUCAAGCACAUCCUCAACGCCGCCAGGAUGCUGGAGAUCCAGUGCAUCGUGAACGUGUGCCUGGAGAUCAUGGAGCCCGGGGGGGACGGGGGGGAGGAGGAUGACAAAGAGGACGACGACGACGACGAAGAGGACGACGAGGAGGAGGACGAAGAGGAGGAGGAGGAGGACGAGGACGAGGACGAGGACGAGGACACGGAGGAUUUUGCUGAUCAGGAAAACUUGCCUGACCCCCAGGACAUCAACUGCCACCAAAGCCCUUCCAAGACGGACCACCUCUCGGAGAAGGCCUAUUCAGACACACCCAGGGACUUCCCCGAUUCCUUCCGGGCCGGCAGCCCCAGCCACCUGGGCGUGAUCCGGGACUUCUCCAUUGAAUCUCUGCUGAGGGAGAACCUGUACCCCAAAGCUAACAUCCCCGACAGGAGACCCUCCUUAUCUCCAUUCGCCCCAGACUUCUUUCCACACCUCUGGUCAGGGGACUUUGGUGCCUUCGCCCAGCUGCCCGAGCAGCCCACGGACAGUGGGCCCCUAGACCUGGUCAUCAAGAACCGCAAGAUCAAGGAGGAGGAGAAGGAGGAGCUGCCCCCACCUCCACCCCCGCCCUUCCCCAGCGACUUCUUCAAGGACGUGUUCCCGGACCUCCCCGGGGGGCCGCUGGGCCCCAUCAAGGCAGAGAAUGACUAUGGUGCCUAUCUCAACUUCCUGAGCGCCACCCACCUAGGGGGCCUCUUCCCGCCCUGGCCGCUGGUGGAGGAGCGUAAGCUGAAGCCCAAGGCCUCUCAGCAGUGCCCCAUCUGCCACAAAGUCAUCAUGGGGGCCGGGAAGCUGCCACGGCACAUGAGGACCCACACCGGGGAGAAGCCAUACAUGUGCAACAUCUGCGAGGUCCGCUUCACCAGGCAGGACAAGCUGAAGAUCCACAUGAGGAAGCACACGGGAGAGCGGCCCUACCUGUGCAUCCACUGCAACGCCAAGUUCGUGCACAACUACGACCUCAAGAACCACAUGCGCAUCCACACGGGCGUGCGGCCCUACCAGUGCGAGUUCUGCUACAAGAGCUUCACGCGCUCCGACCACCUGCACCGCCACAUCAAGCGCCAGAGCUGCCGUAUGGCCCGGCCCCGGCGCGGCCGCAAGCCCGCCGCCUGGAGAGCCGCCAGCCUGCUCUUUGGGCCCGGCGGCCCGGCCCCGGAGAAGGCGGCCUUCGUGAUGCCCCCCGCGCUGGGUGACGUGGGCGGCCACCUGGGCGGGGCCGCCGUGUGCCUGCCGGGCCCCAGCCCCGCCAAGCACUUCCUGGCGGCGCCCAAGGGCUCGCUGAGCCUGCAGGAGCUGGAGCGGCAGUUCGAGGAGACGCAGAUGAAGCUGUUCGGGCGCGCGCAGCUCGAGGCCGAGCGGAACGCGGGCGGCCUCUUGGCCUUCGCGCUGGCCGAGAACGUGGCCGCCGCGCGUCCCUACUUCCCGCUGCCUGACCCGUGGGCCGCGGGCCUGGCCGGCCUCCCCGGGCUCGCCGGCCUCAACCACGUGGCCUCCAUGUCUGAAGCCAACAACUAGGCUGACCCUCGUCAACCCCAGUCCUGCGUCCCUGUCCCCUCCCAGGCCCACCUGCCCCAUCCGAUGGGUCUGAACUUUUCAUUUCAAAAGGAAAAAGGAAAAAAAAUAGCAGCCGCAGUGGUAUUUUCUGGGCCUCCUGAGGCAGCUGCCUCCCCUUUGCUGGUGUCUGAGAUGGGCAUCUCCUCCCAAAAGGCCUGGCCUCUCUCUGGCUAUCUCUCUGCUCUCACACAGAAACUCACAGGGGCCCAUGCCAAAGAGGAGGCCCCGGGCCAGGUGUCCAGAAGCACUUUGGAGCUGUGUGGGGCUAGACGGAGGGAGGUGGCUUGGCCAGAGGCAGACCGGAUGGAGCAGGGAUGAAGGUAGGGUCCUGAGACACACAUCCUGAGCCCCACCACUCGAAGGCAGAGUCCCUGCUGACACUGGGUCAUUUUUCCCAUCUCCAGUGGUCCUGGGAUCCUUAGGGGAAGUGCCCUAUUGGCAGGGAGGCCUCCCGACGUCGGGAGGGGGUCUCCUGGAGUCCGGGCCCAUUUUUCCCUCCCUGUCCUGUGACUGCGGACAGGUCAGCUGUCUGUACCCCAAUUUCACCCUGCUGUGAAAGGGGGCUGGUAAUUUUGUUUCCCCCUCCCAUCCACCCACCGAGACACUCACACACGCCCACCCCUCCAGAGAGAAGCCUUGAGAGAGCAGGAGCUUUGCAGUCUUAACGUCCCUGGUGACACUGUUUCACUGGGCUUAGUUUUAUCACGUCCGCCUCUACGUUGGCACAGGUGAGAAAUGUGGCCAAACUAGACAGGGUAACAGAGGAAGAGGGCUGGGGUGGGCUUGUCCACAGCCCCCAGGCAGCUUUGGGCAACUCUAAAUCCUCCCCUCCCCUCUGGGCAGGCCACUGUGAACAUCCGGGGGCUACCAUCUCGCAUUGUCCCCACCUCUGCGUGGUCCCUCCAAUGCCAUAAGGAGUCUUUCAGGACUCCGAGGGCCAACACAGAAGGAAUGGGGGCCUCCUCUUCACACCUGGCAGCUGCCCCGCUCCACCCGAUUCCCGGAAACAGACAAAAUGCCCGGUUACCCAGGUGUAUGUUUGCUUUUCAGUUGGGGACUUCUCAGGACUUUGGCAUUGCUGUGUUUGGACACUCUCAACCCCUCCGUGGUCUCCCAGGGGGAAGCCAGCUGUCCGGUGUGGGAAGUCAGAGGCUUGGCUCCAAUAUGGGCUUGGAGGGGUCUGGGAGUGAGGGCUGUCCACGCAUUCUCCCUGGCUCUCUGGUUUGUAGCCGGUCCUGAGAAGGAAGACAGCUCUGCUGGCCCAGUGCCUUCCUGAUCUUCUCUCCCCUUUCCUGCCCUUCCCUCCCUUUUCUUGCUGAGUUUGCUUUUGUUUCUCAGUAGCCCAGAGAAGGGAGGAGAGUUCUCCUGUGCAGAUGACCCAGGGCUGGUGUCCCCAGUCCAGGAGCUGUGGGCACAGAGACUUCGGCUCUUCCUAUUGCCUUGGCUUCUUCCUGAGUAAACACAAAAAAACAAAAAGGCCAGAGAAGACCACAGACUCUGUCACCCUCCCAGCUCCCCCGCGAAGAGACCCGUGACUCCACACACCACCAGCUGCCCUUUCAGCCAGAGGGAACUGUUGCUGACACCCUCUUGUCCUCAGACGUCAUCUGCUGAGCAGCCGCCUCUCCCACUCCUGUCUCCAUUUCUGACCCUCGCUUCUGGGACCCACCAGCCAACAUGCCUGUGUCCCCCCCACUCCCAGCCAAGGGAGUGGGGCUGACCCAAACUUUAAGAGAAAAUGAGGAAAAACGAACAAAUUAGAAACCAGUGGUGUUGGGGCUUUUGUUUUUAUUUUGUAAAAGUAAUGACUUCUCAUAAACUCAAUUUUUCAGACGACUGGUUAGUUCUUUUUGUUUUCUCUUGGCUGCAGUUUGGAGUUGUACAUUGUAAAAUAUCCAAAGAUGUCGAGUACUGUAUGAUCAAGAACUUGAAGCAAAUGGGUCGUGGAGGUAGGGAUGGUAGUGUUUUG